UUUAUGAAACAAUGUCUGGGGCUGGCGUUUUUGAUAUUUUAUCCCUUAACUUAUUUGCAAAUCGUAAUUAUUGUGAUUCGAUUUGAUCUUCCUCUUGCAUUUAAUUGUCAUCAAAUGUUCACGUGAGAUAUCCAAUCUUAAAGUGAAAUAAUUUUAAUAAUCAAGAUCAUUUGGCUAUGAAUAAGGUGUUUUCAAUAUUACCUCAACUAACUUAUUAGUUUAGUAAAAUUUUAUUUUUGCAAAAGAUGAGUGGACCAGAAGUUAUAGGAGACGUGGAAAAAGAUAACCAAACAAAAUUAAAUGAAUCCCACAUUACUUACUGUGAUGUAGCUAAUAAAUUGUUAAAAGACAGGUUUUUGUUGACAGCCCUAGAAUUACAUUCAGAGCUUGUGGAAUGUGGAAAAGAAAUUCCAAAACUGAAAGAGUUUUUUUCCAACCCUGGCAAUUUUGAAAAUCAGUUUUCAAAAGCAGAUUUCUGUGCAAUACCUCGCUCAUCUAGUCAAGCCACUUUGGACUCAUUGGACAUAUCGAGGUUUUCUGAAGAUGGUGAGCACAGAGUGGAUGAGAGGGUGGCAGUUCUCGAGUUUGAACUUCGGAAAGCCAAAGAAACGAUUGUUGCUCUACGAACUAAUCUAACUGUUGCUACAGAGUGUGAGACCCCAACGACAGAGAAUUUGAAGGUAUUACAAGUGGAACCCAUCAAGCCUCAUGAGCAGCGAGCACUCAACUUUCUCAUCAACGAGUAUCUGCUGAUGCAUAACUACAAACUCACCUCCAUCACGUUUGCUGAUGAAAACGAGGACCAGGAUUUCGAGGACUGGGAUGAUGUAGGCCUUAACAUUCCAAAGCCAUCUGAACUGCUGCAGCUUUACCGAGAUGCCAUGAGACAGCCAGCGCAUGGAUUCACGACCAAGGACCAUGCUUGUCAGGCAGAUAUCCCUGACAUUAACCUUACUGCUCAGAUCAGCGCAUUGACAGUAGAACUCGAGCAGACGAAGGAGAAAUAUAGCAUUUUGGAGAGAGAAAAAGCUGAACUCACUGCUAAAGUGGAAAGGUUAUCAGUGAUUGAACCAGUCGUAGAGACGGUGUCGACACACAGUGUAACUCCUGAGAGGUUUGAGAUGAUCGAACCUACUGCUCGACAGGAGUCAGAGAGUGGCAGUGGGGGAGGCGAGACGUCGAGUUUGAACGAGACAGAGUGGACGCGCGUCAACGCGUUUAACGACUCGGAGACUGGCAGCACGAGAGGUGACAACGACGGAGGGUGUGAGGAACGAACCGAGCCUGCUGGAGCAGAGGCUGACACGGUGCCUUUAGAUCUGAUGUCUCAAUCUACCACCAGCAACAGAUCACUACCGCCAGGGUUCCACCAUGAGGUGUUGUGCCGAUGUUUCGUCAACACUUCUCGUGUAACGGAGCCACCCCUACUCACUGAUGACAUCAGUCUGCAGCGAGUUCCAGAUCUUCUAGCCACUGCUCUACCCAGGAUCACACCCCAUGUAGCUGUCAACAAACGAGAGGAGCUGAUUCCACUGCUGGUGUGGACUGUACAUCUGCACAGUGACUCGGCCCAGAGAGAUAGCUUGUUGCAGGGACUGUUCAACCUCAAGAAGCGGCCACAAGAUGAGGAGCGCCGUUGCAUUCUUGCAGGGUUGGUAGCACUUGCACGAGUUAGCAGUCAGUCAGUGAUAGAGUCUGAACUGCUCUCACAUUGCUGGGAACAGAUGAAUCACAAACACAUGGAAAGAAGAUUGUUAGUGGCCGAAGCUUGCAGUGCAUUGUCUCCGUACAUAUCGGCUGGCCUACGCAACUCCCUGGUGUUAUCAAUCCUUCAGCAGCUACUAUCAGAAGACAGGGAGGAAGCAGUGAGAGUGUCUUGUGUCAAGAGUCUCGCACUGAUUGUAGCGUUCAUGGCUGACACUGACAAAUAUCCGCAGAGUGAGGAGCUGACCCUGACAGCACUACAGGACAGUUCAGCUGUUGUUGCGGAGUGUGCGACUGAUACACUGUUGAUGAUACUGGCACAGUGGGCCCUCAGCCUAGGCUGGCUACAAGAGCGGCUCAUGUCUAGACUACUGACAACUCUCACUUCAUUGCUCAAGGGCGGGUCUAGUCCAACACACAACCGCGCUACUGUGACUGGUCGUGUUGUAGUGUUGCUACAAGCUCUCAGAUCUCUGCUGCCUUUCCUAGUCAUGUCUGUAGCAACCGUUCCAUCUGUCACAGAUCACAUAAAACCCGGCCUACCACUCGCUGAACCUAGGAGUGGGUUUGCAGAAGUGUGCCAAGGUCUAGCCAACCCAGCCAUAUUCUAUGAGGGAGACUUCACUGUGGGUGCAGUGAUGAGUGCAUUUGAUGUUGUGGUGAAAGACAAACAGUGGCCUCAACUGAACUGGAUCACAGAAACCUUAGUUCCAAAAGUUCUUGAUGCUCUGGAUUCAGUGGAAGUCAACAACGAAGAGCUGCUCACUUGUUUCAUCAGGUUUUUCAAAUCGCUGGCUGCUGGCUUCGGAAAGAUUGUUACCAUUAAUAUGGUUAAGCCGGUAUUUGUAGAGAGAUUGAACGCUCUGGAGAACCGCCUAGUUACUCUGGACCACAACUGGCCUAACUUAUCACUUAUUCCUGUGUAUCUGUUGGCCAUUUCUGCUCCAUUGCAGGGUGAGGAAGCAGAAGUAGGCAACGUGUUACAGAGAUUUCUGUUUGCGUUGUCUUUGUGUGGCGCCCCUGUCGACUGUUUGCAAGUCAGUGUCUCUCAGCUCUGUAGUUUGGCAGCACUGCAUGAUACAGUUAUGGCAGCACUCUGGGAAGGAGUGGUGCACCCGAGGGCUGUGGUGAGGUCAGUGACAGCCGCUAUGUUUGGACAUACUGUGGCACAUGUUGGAGAGUCCAUGGUCACCAACCGCAUCGUCCCUGCACUCAUCACCCUGGCUAGUGACCCUGAGAUAACCGUUAAAACUUCUACCAUUCCUGUGUUUGGAAAACUCAUUGAACAUUCCACAACGAAAGAGGUAGAGGACAAGACGUACUUCCAGCUGCAGACCCUACUGAGUGACCCAGCAGCCAGGGAUAGUCACCAGACAUUGCUACAACUCGUCUCCACUCUAGGCAAUGUGGUUACCAAGUGUGACUCCUGGUUCAGAGACGAUGUUGUUGUGCCCCAAUUGGCAGCAACAGCAGCGUACGCACUACAACUGACCAACCAGAGUCGUAAGGUGGAUCUAGCGUCUGCUCUGGUCCUGGCAUUCAACAACGCUGUCUACUGCUCUCUCAGUCGCAACACCAUCACCACCGCUCUUAUACCUGGCCUCAGGUACUUGGAGCAAGUGUGCGGCCAGUCACUACCCAGUCACCAUCAAACAGUCGCCAGUAUGAUACAAGAGGCAGAGAGUAGGACUGACUCUAGCAAACCACUAGAAAGGUCGAGUAGCUCGAUCACUCUAGCAAUGGCUUCGUCCAAUGUUGAAGACAUGAAGAACAGAGUUACCAAAAUGUUCCAAACCCCUAUCAGCAGGCCGACCAAUCUGCCCAACUUACAAAGCAUCAACAUCUUCCGCAAAAAGUAGUCAUACCAGACCACUGUAAUAAAAGUUAAAAGACACUAAGAGUGUUUUAAUGGUUGGUUGUGUUAGGAAAAUCAAUAGUAAUCAGAUUAAUUAUUUUUGUAUACUUUUGUAUAUGACAUAUUUUUAUGAGAUUGAGCUAUAUAGAUAUAAUAUAAGUAAGAAUCUCCUUUUUUAGUAUUUUAGUUAUAAUUUAAUUUUAAGGGUCUCUGUUUUAAUUUUUACCAUUUAGUCAUUAGUUUUUUUGAAAAGUGGGUAUGCACUAUGCAGUAUGCACUAACAUAGAAUUUGAGAAGAACUUAUAUAAAGCAAAACUAUCUUACUCAGAGACAGAAAAUAACUUAAUUAAAGUAUCAUAUUGUUGUUUGUUAAUGUUAAUACUUCAAUUAGUUUAAUAAUGCUUCUUCCAUUAGUUUGUUGAUUACAGGUUUUGCCUGGACAGUAAUAAUUUGGGAUGUGACUUCAAGAGUUAAUAAAAAAUCUAUUUUCGUUAGUUUAUAAAAAAUGUUAGUAUUUGAAUCCAAGCUGUUCUUGACAGUUGCAAAACAUGGAUGCUUCCACCCUGAGUUAGGUGUAACUGGUUGCGGAUUAUCAGGUUAUCAGGGUAACUUUCUUGAUAAGAGUGAGUAAAAACUAAAAUAUUUUAAAGCUAGAUUGAUAAAGUAGUUUGUAUAGCUCUAAAAUAAUUACAAAGAUCUAGAAAUGUUUUAUUUUUAAUGUAUUUUUUUAUAGUAGCCUAACAACAUGUACUAUUUCACUUCAUCUCCUACUUAGAAUGAAACAUAAUAUUCUUCUGAUGUAGUCAAUUCAUUUCUGGAUAUUGGAAAGCCAUUGUGGGAGUAUCCCAACACCUUGUUAGGGCUCAAUUUUAUCAAGCUGAAUCUUAUUCCUUGAUAAUAUAUAAUCACAUUAAAAGUUUAUGAUCUGUGAAGCAUCAUCACAGAGAAAAAACUAUAUAUUGUGUAUGAUGAGAUUCAGCAAACCUCUAUAUCCUUCACAGAGAUUUAGGGUAUUCUCAGUGGAAAGUGCUCAUAAGAAAUAGUAUAGUAAGUAGAAAGAUUGAAGAGUAUAUAUUUGCAAAUUUGUAUCAUCAUCAAGAUGUUAGGAAUGUAAAGCAUUACUAUAAUAAUUGCCUCUGAUAUUUUCAAAAAUUAAAAUAUAUUCAACUUCAUGAGAUUAUUUGUUCUGAAUAUUUCAAAAGAUGAUUCGUAUUGUAUUUAUUAUUGUUACGCAUAUCAAUAAAAAAAAAUUAAAGUGGAUAAACAAUAACAUAUAAGGAAGGAUUACUCAUUAUCGCUUACCUCAAUCAAACAAAUUUACAAACUACAGGUACCUUGUAAGAUUUAAAUGGAUCUACGUAGUUAUUUUAUCAUGUUAAAACACACAUAUUACGUCCUGAAGAUAUUUAAUUUACGUUUGGGUAGUAUAAGUAUUUUUUUUUCAAUAAACUAAAAUAAGUUUCAACAUAUAUAUGUAAACCAUCUUUGUCCUGAAAUCUACCAACAAUGAGAUUAAGUCAGUACAGCAGACUAUUUUUGGCCUUUUUUAUUUCAUAUAGAAACUAAUGUAAUGGCUAUGUAAUGACUAAUGUAAUGUAAAUUAUCAACAAAUGAAUUGUUCCACCUGUUACAUCAAAUAUUUAUUCUUGUUAAUUGUAGAUUUUUAAAGAAAAAAAAAAGCAACUUGGGUUUAGAAUUGUUAUGGAGGAGAAAGGAAGGAUACACAAACUAACUCACCUGAAUAAAGAGUCCCAGGAGGUCAAUAGAACACCAACUCAUAAAAAGUACACAUUAAGGCCCGGUUCACACAAGCGACAUACCUAGCCGACUAGGCAAGCCCGACUGGGUAGCGGACCACAGGAUCAAAUGGAGCCGUUCACAGGAGCGUAGGACGCCGACUAGUUAGCCGUGUUCGAGCUUGGUGUCCAAAAACAUUGUCGGGCCCUGCUUCCCAGUCACUCGUGGCAGCUACCUAGUCACCCAGUCGAGCGGCGUAGCAGUACAUGUACCCUUAUGGGAGCGUUCACACAAGUGAACGGGUAGUCGCGCUGCAGCUCGCAUUCUUCCCUUUGUUCUCAUUGUUCACCAGUGAUGGAUCCGAGUGACUUUGAUAUCCAUAUUUUCAUCUAGUCCGUGGACAUGUCGCUCGUGUGAACCGGUGUGAUUCUGUGGUCCCCUACCCAAUCGGGCUUACCUAGUCACAGCCUAGUCGGCUAGGAAAGUUGCUCGUGUGAACCGGGCCUAAACUGACUUCUUCAGAGGUAGAAGGUAGAAUGGCAGUUCUACUUUCUACUGCCAAUAUACCUUCUACCUCUGAAGAAGCCCCUGAAAGGGGCGAAAUAUCAGUUUAAUGUGUAGGCCUACUUAUUAUGUGUUCUAUAUUGACCUCCUGUGACUCUUUAUUCAGGUGAGUUAGUUGUGUAUUCUUUUAGCAAAUUUCCCAUAUAGGGAAUAAGCUAUUUAGUUGUAUGAUAGUGUUUCCUAAUCUGUUUAUUUUUCUAUCAAGCAUAUAUUUUUUAAAAUAUUUAUAGAUAUUUUAAACCAAAAUACUAAUUGGUUGUAAAUAGUUCCACUAUAAAGCUAAUAUUCUCAAUUUUGUGGGUUAAAGUCAUAUUUCUUCAAUGUGAAAUCAUUGCUUUUGGAUAUGCAAGUACAUUUUUCAUCUUAUUGUAAAAUAAAAAGAUUCUGUCGUAUGUUUAUGUUCACUCUUGUCAGGGUCCGCUCAUAUUGACUGAGUGUUUUGCUUUUCUUUUUAGGCAAAAUACCAAAGGGAGAAGAAAUCAUUUAUUAACUUAUUGUUUGUUUUGUUUUAUAAAGUCUAUCAAAUAUCAAAACACAUUCUACGUCCAGGCCAGAAACAUUGUAGCUAAUCCAUUGGGAUGACAAAUCUAAGGAAAUAUGUUAAACUAAAGUGAAUUCCUAUUUCAAUUGCAGAAAGUGGCUUGCUUACCAUAGUUUAAACUAAAAAAAAAAAAAACUAUGAGAUAUUUUAAUCUUAUA